AUGUCGUCAUUAAAAUUAUAUUUAAAUUCAAUAAUCAUUUUAAGUUUAGUAAGACACUUUAUAAAGUUGUUUAGAAUUUAAUUAAAUUUGAGAAUUAUAUUAUAUCACUAAUUAAGGAUGAUAUAAAGCCCUUCUUUUAAAUGGUUGGGAUGUUACUUUUAAAGAGUUGUUAUAUACAGGAAAUAUUUAGAACAAAAAUUACUUUGA